GCCAGUGCUGAGCCUCGCCCCCCGUAAAUUAACACUGAUCUCUAUUGUAGGGGCGAAAUUCUCAGCUAACUAACUCAACUCGACAACUAGCUAGCUGAAAUCAAGACACACUUUUAGACACUUUUAUACACUAUAAUUAUAUGCAACUAAAGCUGAAUGGAAUGGACGAGGAAAUUGUCUCACAAGCAUCAGCCAAGGACUUCACCAUUCAUCACGUAAUUGAAACCACCCAUCACUAUCUGGUGGUUGCAGCCAUCUGUACUAUAGAGAAAAUUCAAGAUCAAAACAAGCUCUACACUGUAAAGGUACUAUUUGACGAUCAGUCAGAAAGGGAAAAAGACAUCUUCGACAAUGAGCUGCAAAUUUUGUCAGCAUUGCCUUCGCAUCGAAAUAUUGUCCACUGCCAUUCAAAUUUUAUCAGUAUUCUUCCCGAGUCGUUCUUAAAAUGUCUACCACAACUCAAAACGACCGAGCAAAGGGAGGUGAUCCAAGUCAGAAGACAAUUUAUUGUAUGUGACUACUAUGCUCAGAAUUUAUCUGAUUGGUUAUCGAAAAAAACAUUUCCGUUGCGUUUGGAGGAUGUCUUGAAACUAGCCGAGCAAAUUUUGAGUAUUUUCAAACAUUUGAAAGAAAGCCGAAUUUGUCACCUCAAGAUUGAACCGAGUAAUUUUCAAAUGACAGAAAGCGAUAAGAUUGUAAUCAGUGACUUUCAACAUGCAGUGCAGUUUGAAGAUGAAUCAUUUCUACUUCCCUGUCAGCGAGCAGAGCUAAUUUCUGAUGAUGAUAGUGCGUACCUUGCGCCUGAGGUCAUGAAUCAGCUGUACCAGUGUGGAGGAAAUUCAUCAAUAUCAGAUGCUACGAUUGACUGCUCUUCACAAUCGUCGUUUGCAGCAGGCGUCCUCAUUAUGUCAAUCAGUACAGGAACACACCCACUACCAGCUGGCUACCCCACCACCUACACAGACAGUAGCAACAACAUCACCUACAGUAAAGCGAAUAUAAUCCCUCUACCGAGAACCUACCCGAAGAGUUUCCACUCCAUCGUUCAAGACCUGCUAGUGUGUGAGCCUGAGAGGCGAUUGUGCGUGAGUGAGGCUCUGAACCAGCUCAAGGUGUGCUGCUCAAAGAGGAAGACUGUCAGCCUCUCUGAGCUCAGGGGAUUGUCAGGCAGAGAGGAGGGAAGUGAAAGUGCUCUAUUGAAGGCUGCACAUGCUGAGAGAGACUGUGCAAUAAUGGAGAGAGAUCACGUACUCACUCAAAGAGACGAGGCAUUGCAGCUCAGAGAUGCUGCGCUAGUUGAGAGAGAAGAGGCCAUCUUGGAGAGAGAUGAUACAAUAGCCGUGGUGGAGAGGCUGUCUGAACAGUGUGAGAAGAUGUCUAGUGAGUUCCAAUCAAUGGAAGAUCACUGCGAACUAUUGCUCAAAGAAAUCGAGCAGCUCCGCAUUGAUCGGGACAGUGCAGUACAAGCCAGUGCUAGUGCCUACCAAGCUGGGGAGCUGCUCAGAGAUCAGCUGUCACUGGUAACCAGGGAGAGGGACAUAGCACAAGCAAAGGUGGAAGAGCUUCGAGAUGUAGUAACCAAGGCGCAACCUGAGGAACAGGUUAUGGACUGUACAUGUUGUCACAAGUUCUUUCUGGAGUCUAGGAAUACUUCAACUUCAUGCAACUGGCAUACUGGGGUAAAAUGCGUAAUUAUUACUACUAAAAUAAUGUUACUUUAUUUUCCACACACACUCGAUCGUCUGGUCUCAUUCACAAAUACAGAAAGUAAGUCUCAUUGUAAUUGUCACUAUGUAUCACUCACCCCCCCCCCCUCCCACACACACACAUGUAUAUACUAACUCCUCCUGAUAGUACGUAAGUUAAUAAUUAUUAUUAUUUCUAUAAAGUAUAGUGCAUAAUCUAAGUACUUCUUCCUCUCUCCUGCAUUCAUUACGACUGGACCUUUUCUUCUUUAUAUACAGUUGGUGAGUUAUGUACAUAUAGCAAUAAUAUUAAUAUUUUAAAGUGACUCUUCCCCAAAAAUGCAAACUUCUAAUGGAAUCCAUGGACACCUCCAAUAGUUUGUAAGUCAAUUUCUAGUAACUUAUUUCAAUACAUUAUUCACAGGUUUAUAUGCACACAAACACACACAAUCUGAACAAUCAUUACUACCACUGUGGACUGAAACAGAAUAGAUGGAGUUGCUGCUACAAGCGUGACACUGAGGCUGUUGGAUGCAAGACCAGUACACACACGGCCAGAGCAGUGCUCAAUGAACACACUUAUGACCUUGUAGCAUCGUGAACACUUCGUCUUUUCUAUAAACUGUGUUCACUGAAUAAUAAUAAAAGUUUA